GCGGGCGGGGUGGCUCAGGCCCGGGGAGGCGAUGACCGAGCAGAGAUUCUCCUCGAUGCAGGGGCUUCUCCAUCAGCAGGUUAAUUCCACCUAUAGAGAUAUUUAUAAAUAAAAUGGGUGCACAAACGUAUGGAGUUAUAAAGAAAAGGUGUUAUAAAGAUAGGGAAACUGGAAGAGAAACCAAGAAGGCUAAAAAAAAAAGGAAGAUUGAGGAAAAUGACAUUUGCCCAAAUCAUCAGGAAAUUAAAAUAUCUAGUAAAGUGAAGAAACCCCGUUUGUCCACUCGAAUGUUUGGAGAAGGCCAAAUCAGCUAUGAGCAACUGUAUGAACUCCUCAAGUAUGCCACGCUGGGAAAACAUCACACUGCCACUCAGCCCAGUUGGUGUCGUAUCCACCACCAAAGGCGUUUGGCUGGUGUCAUGGUGGUGAUUUUGCACCACGUGGAUCAGCUCCAUUUCUACCGCUACUACUUGCAGUUCAAACAUCUCCGAAAGACAUUCAGACACCGUUUCUCUCUGCCCCCCAUCUCUGGGGACUUCAUAGAAAAACUUUGUGGAGCAAGCAUCAACAACCAUCAACAACUCAACAGGGAAGAGAUGAAUGAAGAUCCCAUAAUUCAGAAAUACACAAAAAAGGGCUACAGUCUCUCAAGUUAUGUUUUAACUCCCGAGGAGAUGCAUCUCCACGAUUACCCUCUAGAAGAUUCUGGCACCUGCAGCCAUUUUGUUCGUACCGACUGCAAUGGCCCGGUCACCGACAGCAGCCCCCUCUUUGGACUGGACUGCGAAAUGUGUCUCACAGAUAAGGGGUCAGAGCUCACCCGAAUUGCUGUGGUGGAUUCCAGUGGUCGAUGCAUUAUGAAUGAGCUUGUCAAGCCCAAAUUGCCAAUAAGAAAUUACCUUACCUGUUACUCUGGCAUCACAGAGAAACUGCUCCAUCCCGUCCAAACCACCCUCGCAGAAAUCCAGGGCCGAUUAAGGAAUCUAUUGCCCUCUGAUGCCAUUUUAGUGGGUCAUUCCUUAAAUGCUGAUCUUCGAGCUCUAGAAAUGAUUCAUCCGAACAUUAUAGACACUUCGCUUCUCUUUGCCAGAAAAGGUGGCAAAAGGUUCAAGCUGAAAUUCUUAGCAGCAGCUGUUUUAGGGAAAGAAAUUCAGUGCAAGGGCCAAAUGGGUCACAAUCCCACAGAAGAUGCCCAGUGCGCCCUUGAGUUGGCCCAGUAUUUCAUUGACCAAGGACCCAAGAAAGUUGCAGAGUUGAAUCUAGAAGCCAGAUUGUCAGAGCAAAGGAAGGUGGGAGAGGCAGAGAUUUGGGUCAGGGCAAAACAAAAGAACAGGAUCCAGAAAGGGGUACAAAACCCCAGCCAAGGCCUUUUUGACAGCUUACAGUCUCUCGGUCAAAAAACAUUGCUUCUGGGAGAACAAAAUAAUGUUCAGAAUCAUACGGCUUCCCUAAAUAAACAAGUUCUCCAGAGAGCCCUGGAAGAGAUCCCUAAGUCUUCCUUUAACAUAAUUCAAUUUGGUUUGGAUUCAAAGCAUGUCACAACUGACCUCCUUGCAGAAUCCAGUUCAAAGAUGAGGGCCCAGCUUUCUGACAUGCUGACCGUCUACGCAGGCCCUUUUACCAAAGACGUUUGCCUGAAGACUGUGAAGAAAGCUUUUAGGAAGUGCGGCCACGUUCGGUCAAUCCAGAUCAUUUCAGAAACGUUUAAGCCCCAUCUCUGUAUCCAGUAUGAAGUGCUGGAAGCUGUCCAGCUUGCCUUGAAGGACCUGAACGGAGCAGAAGUUGGAGGAUCCACCAUCAGGGUUCAAAGGCCCAUCGCUGAGAUGACCCUUGAUUGCGAGGUGCUGGUGAAAGAGCUGGAAAGGGAUCUGGAAAAUGAAGGCAUCCUUUACGUGGCCGGGUUGAGGAAAUGCCAAGGUGAGACAGAGCUGCAAGAACAGUUGGGCCAUUUGAAAGAUGUACGUUCCAUUUUUUGGCCAAGGGAUCUCCAGACUGGCAGACAGAGGAAUUACUGCUUUCUGAGAUUCCAGACCCCAGAGAGUGCCUCCAGAGCCCUCCAAACUCUAAAGGAGAGCCACAUGCGGAGCAGGAGAGCCCUCACAUCUCCCACACUCUUCCGAUGGGUCUGUCUCACAAAGGAAGAGGGCAGAGGAGUGGCAGAACUCCAGGAGAAGCAAAAACCCUUCAAUUUGGAACUUGGUUUAAAGAAAGCCAUCAGGACCCUGGACCACAGAGUCAAAACGCUGUAUGAGCGGGUUCCAGAGCAUACGCUCUGUCUCGUUCUAUUACCAGGCGCCAACAGGCUCUCCGGCUCUCCUUGCGGCCUCAGCCUUUUGGGAAUUAAGGGAGAAAAGAACAUUUAUAUGUCCUGCUAAAACGCAGGGGCUGAAGUCCCACUUUGGUGGAAAAACAGCCAUUCUCGCUUCAGCAGCCUGAGUGUCCGCAAGCUUCUCAGGGCAAUUUUUAAAGUGUUAAAUAAAAAAAAAAGUA